AUGGCGCUCCUGAAAUCAAGCUGGUUGUGGAGACAGACUUCUGUCCUCAAACGCUGGAAACUCAACUGGUGUGACCUUUGGAUCGAUGGGAGUCUUUGCUUUUACAAGUCAGACAACAGGCGAGAGCUGGAGCAUCGCGUCAGUCUCAAACUAGCGUGCAUAGAUGUGCAGUCCGGUCAGGAAUGUGGAGGUGUGACUCCACCAGAGAGCAAUCCCAGGGAGAAUCUCAUCGUGGUUCACCUCAUGGACGGCUCAACACUCAACCUGUGCGCAAACAGUGAAGACGAAUCAAUAGCGUGGAAACUGACUCUGCUGCAGACCAGAAGAAACCCGGUGUUCACAUAUGACCCAUAUGAUGACUCCUACCAGGCUGUCCCCCUCAAUAGCCGCCACACUGUCUACAUAACACCUGGAGCAGGACCAGGAACCCACCAGGUUGUUGUUCAAAGGGACCCGUUUGAUGGCGUGGUGGAGCAUCUAGCACUGGGAAUGUUAGCAGGAAUGGCAGCCGGGGCAGCCAUGCGAUCCUUCCUUUGGAUGCCCUUGUUUUUUUGCUGAGAUGACUGACAUUACUGACAGGAGAGCAAAGCCUGCCUGUCACCGAGACAAGGGAGUUGGACAUCUAACGAGCAUGUGUAGAACAGGCUUUCCCAUCAUACUUGCUCUGAUAAAAAAGCUGCUUCAGUGGUUCUUCUGUUCUUUAUUAUGAGCAUAUAAAACCUGCGUUGUCAUCUUAUACGUGUAAAACACUGUCAGAUGCUGCUCCCCUGUGUCGUCUGUGUUUUAAAAAUACUGGCUGCCACAAUAUUAGAAGAACAAACAUUACGGUUUUAAAGCGUACAUACGAGAACGUGGUUUUUGGGAGCUUUGUGCACUUUGUUCUCACUUGUCUUUUGUAAGUUUUGCUUUUACUUGCUGGUUAAGUUUAAGCACCAAAAAUUACUUGUUUAGAUUUAUGCACAAAACUCUUGGUUUAACACUACACAUUGUAAAAUGAACUGCAACAGCACCAAGGUUGUAGAGUUUUACAUCACCGCUUAUGAAUGUUUGCAAAGCAGGAAGUUAUUUUACCAGUGUAAUUCUAGACAAAGUGUAGUUUGUAAGAAAUAUUAAAAUAUUAGCACCUCACUAGAAAACAAGUAGAUAUGUUAAAAAAUAAAUUAUAAUAUACUGAAA